CUGAGCCGCACUUCUUGAGAUGGAAGCGUAGGACAUGGCUGGACAUGGCCCGAGAUGCGAAGCACAACGCAGCCAGAUCUGCUAGUGCGGGUGCUCCUAGCAACUACAAAGAUGCGACGCCAGACGAUCGCGUCUUCUACUUGAACUUUCUCGUUUUGGAAGCAAAGCCCUUCCGGCAUCCAGGUCACACACCCCCAGGGGAACAUGACCUCGGCUUCUCCGCUCUGCAUGAUCUUGAUUCGAGCGAUGUUGAUCGCAUUUUCUCCCCACUCCACAAGAAUGCCAACAAAGUGAGCCGCUUACCGGUGGCCGUCCAAGACUCCCUGAAAAUGAUUGGCAUCACAGCCGCUGCUGAGCAAAUGUAUCGCCGCGGUUCGUUUUGUGCACUGCAGCUCACUAUUCGCCACACAAAUGAGACAAUUAUGAAUUCUCACAAGUUGAUCACUUUGUCGCAGCUGGUCCAUUCUUGCACGGGCUGUCAGAUCGAAGAUCCGGAAGCUUUCGAUGACGUAUUGGACCUCAUUCGUGAAAAACUGCCGGAUAUGCUAGAAGACGAGGAGAUGUGACUUGGUUG